CCUCCUCCUCUCCUCCUCCUCCUCCUCCUCCUCCUCUGGGUUUCAGAUGGCUCCCCCUCCCUGCCAGAUGGAUUUGGGUGGGAGUGGUCCUGUGCAGGGCUUCUUGAAGGCACUUCCUCAAAAUGGCUUUCUGAAUCCAGCCGAAGCUCCAUCUGAGCUCCUUUCUUCUGCCUGUGGCCAGCUGGGGGGGAGGACGAAGCAGAGCAGAGCCGCCUCUGGUUGUCGCCAGCUUUUGGGGCACAUUUCAGCCUCUGGGCAUUUUGUAAAGCUGCGAGAUGGCGGUGAUGGGGAUUGCUUGCAGUGCCCCAGCCACUGGGCACCCGAAGGAGGCUGGCGGGGAAGGAGGGCCUCUCGGUGGUCAAGAAGGAGCAACAGCAGCUGUAGAAGUUGACAGCCUGGAGGAGAAGAAGGCUCAGGGGCGUGGAAGAUCUUGGCGGCAUGAAGAUGGAAAAAUCCCGGAGGGCGGAGGGCGAGGGGAAGGGAGAAGGGGGGCCAGCUACAAGGGGCAGAUGAUCCGUCCAUCCAGAGGAUUGUAUACGGUGUGCAGCGAUCAGAUCGAACAAUGUGGCCCGAUGCUGACUGAGGAAAAUGGCCAGCGUGUCGGAGACUAUGCACUGGCGUCAGAGUGUGCCAGGAUUUGGCCUGUGACCACCGACCCUUCCAGGAGAAGCCCAGCCCGACCUCUCUCCCAGCCAAAGGCCCUGCAUGAGGGAGGACCCCGGCAAGCUAGAGCUGCACAAGCUGAUCAGCCCUGCCCAGUGCCUGGACCAUGUUUGGAAGGUACUUACCGCCAAGGCCAUGAGGCAGCUGUCAGAGGCCCUGGACUCCAGGCUGGGGGGCAGAUCCGCCCUCCUCCCAUGGCAGUGAGGACUGGCUCCCUGCGAGAUCACGACUCUGGGGGCGUACCUGCUGGGCCGACCUUUAAGCCUGCCAACAGGCUCUCCUUCGGGGAGCUGAGCUUGGAGCAGGGCUUCUCCAAAUGCAGCCACCAGUCCUCCAAAGCCACCUCAGACUCUGUGGAGGAAUUCCUGGUGGACGCCUUGAAGGGAAGCGUCAUUCUUGGAGAGCCGAGAAACUUGGCUGGGCUGGCCAAGACUUGGAAGAAUGACUCAGGUUCCACGAGGGAGGAUGUGAGCAGUGCUGCUGAGGUGGAGAAACUCCAAGCUGUGGACUACGAGUACCGCGAAGAGGCCCACUGGUCCAAGUGCCACGGUUUGCUUGGCUUGGGGUCCUUUGGGGAGGUGUACAGAGUCGAGGACAAGCAGACGGGCUUCCAGUGUGCAGAAAGCCAAAAAAAAAGGUAGGCCCGGAACUGGCGAUUGAACACUUUAGGUGCAGAGGAGUUGACAGCGUCUUGGCUAGGUGACCCAUACCAAAAUCCUCCCUUGUUUGGAGCAGUGAAGGGCCGUGGGUCACCAUUUUUCUUGGAGCUGUUGGAAGGUGGAUCACUCAGUCAUCUGCUCAAGCAGUGCGGUUACUUGCCAGAGGACAGAGCCCUGGAUUACCUGGCCCAGGUGCUGGAAGGCCUGGCGUACCUUCACUCUCGCAACAUCCUCCAUGGGGAUGUGAAAGCCGACAAUGUCCUCUUAUCCAAAGACAGAGGCUGUGCUGUUCUUUGUGACUUUGGCCACGCGGUUCACCUUCAGCCGGAUGGCACUGGAAAGUACUUGGUGACAGGAGAUUACGUUCUUGGUACGGAGACCCACCUGGCCCCUGAGGUGGUGAUGGGGAAGCCGUGUGACUCCAAGGUGGACGUCUGGAGCAGCUGCUGCAUGAUGCUCCAUCUGCUGAAUGGGUGUCACCCGUGGACCCGCUACUUCAAUCACCCUCUGUGCCUCAAGAUAGCCAAAGAACCGCCCCCUCUGAGGGAUAUCCCACCCUCCUGCCACCCAUUCACCGCCGAUGUGAUUAAGGCCGGCCUGCAGAAGGAACCCCUGGAGCGGGCCAGCUCCACACAGCUGAGAGCAAAGGCAUUUGCGGCUUUGGAGCAGGUGGGAGGCCUGAAGACCCCCUGGAGAGGAGAGUACAGGGAACCCCGACGCCUCCCGGGGGCAGAAAGCUGCAGUCUUCCAGACCCUCCACACACCGUUGGGCUAACACCCGAGUCUCCCCGGAGUCCCAGGCCUUUUGCCAGAAGCCCCAGCCCACCACGGGAUCCUCGGAGGCCAGCAGAGAAGACCCCGUCGACCCCCCUGAAUCCACACAAGGAAUGGUCCCAGCCGUGGGACUCUGCUCCAGCCUGCAUCAGACAAGGCACCUGGCAAGACUGGCGAACGGCCGCUUUGGAGCAGGAGCUCCAGCAGCUGGAACUUGAGCUGGUUCUGAACAGCCUGGCUCAUCCCUUCUCUCUGGAAGAGCAGGAGCGGAUCCUCUCAUGCCUCAGCCCAGACAGCCCCCUUCUGCCAGAUGUUGAUGACCAGGGCUCAGUGAAAGCAGCGUCUCUCAGCCUGAAGGACACCAUGAGUUCUGGGGUGCAUUCGUGGAGCAGCCAGGUGAACGGGCAGAGCUGCAGCUGGAACAGUUUGCUUCUUCGCAGCAGACCGGUGGAGACCCCCCCGUCUUUGGAUGGGGUGAAAAUUGAGAUCCACUUGCUGAGCGGUGAGUCUCUCCACAUCCGCGAGUGCCAUGGAGCCAAGGUGGGGCAGAUUGCAACGGGGAUCAGCAGCCAGAUCCCGGCCUCCACCUUCAGUUUCUUCUCCAAAGGCGGCCAGCCCGUUCACUGUGACAUGGAGGUCCCCGAUUUGGGCAUUGAGCUCCAGUGCAUCCUCGCUCCAGACUGCAGCUCCGGCUGGAAGUGGCGAGUCAGGCGGGGCCAGCUGGAGACGCGGCCGUAGGGCUGCUGCUGCCGCCGCCUCUCCGUUGCUCUUGGAUGUUUAUCCCCCUGCAGCCGGUGGGGGGGGGGGUGCAACUGCAGGCCGACCGGUCCCCAGCAACAGGGGGUGGGGGCCCUCAGUUAGAAUUACAGGCUCAGUUCCUCAUUGGCUUUCUGGCUCUGCAUCUCGUGGGCUCGCGUGGAAAAGGAGCCCCAGAGGAAAGCCCUGAAAGGGCCAAAUGCAUUCUGGGAACUGCUCCGAGAAGCUGCUGGAAGGACAGAGUGACUCCGGUUCCCCCAUUGGACACCUGGUUUCCUAAUUCCCACAGCUCCCUGUCCCUGCUGCCCUGAGCCCCUUGGAAGACAGCAGGACGCUCCUGUUGCAGAGAGGGCCCGAUCCAGUUGCCACAGGAGCCCGGGGGUGGUGUUGCUGCCGCAUUGCCCCGCUGCCUUCAGAGGGCUUCCAGGUGGAGAAACUGGAGAGCCCCCAACCGCAGCUGCCUGAAAGCCCUUCCAAGGAGAAGCCAGCCGAGGGCUCAUCUCCUUUGCUGCCAGCGUUCCCGGGGUCAAAACCCUGUGGGAGCCGACUGACGGCAGCUUUGCCUCUGGGAAGGCCCCCAGCUGUGUCAGCCUCCAUGUUAGACCGACGCCGUCCUGGAAGUCAGGGCUGGAAGCCAGUUGGUUGCCACGGAGCUCAGGGGAGCCCCGCCCACCCCCCUGUUUGCCCUCCUGCUUGGCCGAAGUGCCAAGUUCCACUUCUUGUGGAAGCUAAGAAGGGUUCGUAUUUGGAUGGGAGGGUCCCAAGGAAG